AAAUGCAUUGGCCAGAAUGUAUAGUACUCAUUGGCAUGAGAGUCCUUAGGGAGGCCCGGCUAUGUCUGCCUCAUGAAGGAGACCAGAAUGAGUUGGCGGUUUGAGUCGGAGAGGGCCGAUGAAGAAAAGAAAAGUCGUUGCAGAAGAAAAGCAGAAACAUGCGCCUGAUAAGUCGGAUAAGUCUUGUCGGCGUGACUUUCCCAAAGAAAAAUUGCAAGAGCGGGUAGGUACCGCAGGUGAAGAAGGCAUCGUAGAUACCAGACGACCUAGAAGCACCGAAGUGGAACAGCCUCAGCAACUGCAAACUCGUCUGGAGGAGUCGGGCGCUAGCAAGUUUGGUAAGGGUGAUCUGGGAUGGAAGACUUCAGAGCGCUUUACAGUUCUAGAAUAUAUUAAUACAUCGGACGCCUUUUGCAUCCCCGGAUUUCCCGUUGUCCCAUGUUUCCUCCUUAGUACCUAUGCUUUCCACUUUCUCAUCAAGGACCUCAUCCAUUUCACACACGAUUUCCAGCUUCAAUCCAAUCAGAGCGAGCCUUCAAAACAAUUCAAGAUCAGAAUCAGCGAGGAACGGUCUCCUGGCCCGAGCGUUCAUGGUUUCCAGCGACGCUAAAGCAAGGUUGGUGCGAGCACAGACCAGUUUGCGGUCUUUCCCGCUUCUCUUUGGACCAACGACACA